UCAUGUAAUUGAGGAAGAAACUGAGUGUGAGGUAAGUCCAGGAGAAGGAAAGUGAUAAAAAUGGUUGACAUACAAAGAGUUGCAAAGUGACUUAAAGUGGUGUCCUGUGCAGCAUGAGCUCUCUUCUUACUUUUUACUCUCCGGAAGUCCUCCAUACAUGGGAAAUAUAAAGCAAGCCUUGUAGCAACUGGUGUCACCUGGCAGGCAGUCCCAGUUGGGGACUUGGCCAAGUAGCUGAUUGUGAGGAUCCUGCAGUUGAUGACACUGUCUUCCUUCUUCACUUCUGCCCCCCUUGCCCCCUCAGCACACAGUCAUGUGCUUCCCAAACACAGCAGAGGUCAUGUCCACUGGGGUCAUCGAGGACAAGGACUGUCCAGUUUCCCCUAAAUCUAUUCUGCUCCCCAGGGAUGGUGCUCUGCCUCUGGGCCGCCCAGGUACCUUCUGUGACCAAAAGACUCUUCUCCACACUGUGAACACUCAGCAGGCUUUAGCAUCCUGUGUCUCUGCUCCAUCUUUCCCUGUCUGGGAGGACCCCUUCUCCCACCCAUGGGUGCUGCUCACCUGCUUUUCUUCCCUUCCCUUCCCUGUCCCCAGUACUAGGCGUAGUAUUGCUGUCUUGACUUUCCUUUCCAAGGAAAAGCCACAUUGUAUAGCUGGCCCUGUUUAUGUUUAUUAAAUAAAAAAGUAAUGCCACUCCAUCAGCACCCUGAAGGUUUAUUUAUUAUGAUUUUCCCAUCAAUGAAUGCAAUGAACUGUCUUUUAGGAUUACCUUGGUUUUCUAAACAACAUCUGUAAUGUCCUGAGCAAUUAUGUUGUCACAGUCAACACUGAAGACCAUCCUGUGAAGUCCCAAACUAUGUCUAAAAGCGAAAUUUGCAAGUGUUCUUCUGCAAAAGAGAAAAUCAUAUGAUAAUUCUCCCAGUAUCAUGAACCUAUAACAAAGGAAUUCCCACUACAAUACCCUUCUCUUCAGCCCUGGCCUUAGGGACUUAGUGCAGCUUGAAACAUCAGACUUCUCAGAAGUUAACUCUAAAGUGACAGAGAAAGCUCGGUGUACUCCGGAAGGAAAUCUAUCACUCUUGACAUUUAAGACACUGUGUGUGAGUGCAUAUGCACGAAUGUGAGUUUGUGUUGUGUGUCUCUGUGGGUACACAUGUGUGUUUUCUUGUGGAGUUUCUUCUACCCUCACACAGUUUACCUCUGGUGGCAUUUACUAAGAGGUGCCGGGUCACUGGCAAGAGCUCAUAGCUCUUCAGGCUAGUGACAGCAAAUUCAUACCCAACCAAGUCAGCCUUAAAUAUAGCUGAUAAAGUUGUCUAUUUCAAGAUUAUAUAAGCCUGGAAGUAUAUGUUUAAUAUCUAGAAACCAUCUUUGUAAAUUACACUAUUUAAUGAGGUUAUGAUUAAAUAAAAAAUCAAAUGUAAAAAGUCACCUGUCUGAUUAAUGAAGUGAGCCAUGGAAUACAGGUUUCCCACAUGGAUCUUCUUGAGGUGGUGUUAUUCUGCUUGCCUCUUUCAUUUUAGCAUACUGAUUGCACUGGUGUAAUAUUAGUUUCUUUUUAACCAUAAUGUGGGUUCAUACAAUUUAUUUGCCUCCACAGGCUUUGAAAUCCUCCACUCAGACUUGAAGAUCAACCCUAAAUUGUCCAGAUGAGAAAGCCGCAGAACGGUUGUGGACAAGAGGGGACACCGGGUGGGGAUCUUUUCUGCUGAUUUAGUCAAUCAUGACAUGAGCUCAGAAGGUGGAGUCCAUGAUACUGUGGGCCAAGGGCCAUGUGGGGGCACAGUGUCUCCACAGUGCUGCAGGGUCCCUGGGAGGCCUUGGAAGAUGGCCCAGGAGAGCAGAGCUUUAGGGGAUGCUGGCUGCCUGCUCAUAACAGGGAGGUAGUUGGAAUUCCUGGAGUGGGUCCUGGACACACAGCUAAAUACAGUCUACUGUCCAGGGGAGGAAGGGCUGCCUUGAGACUCUGCAGACACAAAGAAAGAGUUUUCUUGGCUCACGCUGGGGCAGUGGAAAGUGAAGGGCUAGAGAGGCCAGGGCAGGGAAUCAGAGUUAGGCCAAGAGCCCACUGCAGAGAUGGAACUAGCAUGGAAGGAAGUAGGACGUGGACCUGGGCCAGGAGGGGGGUGCUCAAACUGACCCACCUUCAGAUCAGGGGCUGUGCAAGGCAGGAAGGGUGCUUUGGGUACAGCCUGAGUUUUGUCAUUGGGUGCAGUGGGCCAGGUGGCCUGCAGGGAGGGACAUGUCAGAGCAUGACACAUGAUGCUGAUGGGGAGACUAGAACUUCAGAACCUUUGAAUGCUCAGCCUGGAAGGUCCCACCACUCAACUAGGAGACCCUGGGUUCCUGAUGCUGCCAUGGGCUCCAGGCUCCUCUGCUGGGUGGCCCUUUCUCUGCUGGGAACAGGCCCAGUGGACUCUGGAGUCAAGCAAACCCCAAAACAUCUGAUCAAAGCAAAAGGACAGCAAGUGACACUGAGAUGCUCCCCUCUCCCUGAACACCUCUCUGUGUACUGGUACCAGCAGACCCCGGGCCAGGGGCCUCAGUUUCUCUUUCAGUAUUACAAUGGGGAAGAGAGCGAAAAAGGGACGAACAUCCCCAGUCGAUUCUCAGCGCAGCAGUUCCCUGACUACAGCUCUGAACUCAACCUGAGCUCCUUGGCGCUGGGUGACUCGGCUCUGUUCCUCUGUGCCAGCAGCCGGGCACAGCCACCCAUGAGCAUCAGCCUUCAGUACAAAAUCAUUCCUGCCCGUGUCAGGAAGUGGCCCGGAAGGUGGAGCCUCAGCCAGGCUGGUUCAGGCCUGGGAAGCUGCCAACCUGUCACAGACACCCAGUGUGGAGUGCAUUCAGCUGCUCUAGUGCCACAGCAGUGGUGCAGGGCAGUGCAUUCACCUGUUCCCAUCCCCGAGGGGACGCAGCUUCCUGGUCUCAUGCAGUCAUUGGGUGAUGUCAGCUCCUCAACCCAGGUGUUCCCCACCCGGCACUCUGCAAAUCUGCCCCCUCCACUGGCUUCCCUCUCCCAGGUCCCCACUAGCAAGUUGAGAAGGUCAUGCAACAUGCAUCUUAACCUCCUGCGUGACUUGUCCAAGGAACACGUGAGUUCAAGGCAAAGCAUAUCCCAAUGGGUCCUCCUCUGUGAAGAAAAUGAAACUUAAAAUUUUCUGCACUGUGGUCAUAGACUGGGCCAAGUCGUCUUCCUCUCUCUCAUGGGGGCCUGUGAGUAGUGAGCGCUCCCAGCUGGGGAUCAAGAGGAGGAACAUUUACAGGGGAAGCACCACUGUCCUGUGGGUGACACAGUCAGACCUCAGGGGAAGGGAGAGGAUCCUUGUUGGUCACUCAUUUCCUUUAUUCUUUUAUUCAACAAACAUUUUGGGGAGUCCUACAUUGUAUAAG